GCGGCGCGGCAGCCAUCUUGUGUUGUUGAGGCUGAGGAUAGGCUUUGGGUUCGAGAGAUUCUCUGUCUGCGACCUCAGGUUAAUACUUAAAAAAAUGGCAGCAGAAACACAGACGCUUAAUUUUGGGCCUGAAUGGCUUCGAGCUCUGUCUAGUGGUGGGAGUGUGACAUCUCCUCCUCUCUCUCCAGCUUUGCCAAAGUAUAAAUUAGCAGAUUAUCGUUAUGGGAGGGAAGAAAUGUUAGCACUUUUCCUGAAAGAUAAUAAGAUACCUUCAGACCUUCUGGAUAAGGAGUUUCUGCCCAUUCUACAAGAGGAGCCCCUACCACCCUUGGCAUUAGUACCUUUUACAGAAGAAGAACAGAGAAAUUUCUCCAUGUCUGUAAAUAGUGCUGCUGUCCUACGAUUGAUGGGACGAGGAGGAGGAACGGUGGUAGGGGCUCCUCGCGGUCGAAGUUCCUCUAGAGGUCGAGGCAGAGGUCGAGGAGAAAGUGGUUUCUACCAAAGAAGUUUUGAUGAUGUGGAGGGUGGAUUUGGCCGAGGAGGGGGCAGAGAAAUGCACAGAUCACAGAGCUGGGAGGAAAGGGGGGACAGGCGGUUUGAAAAACCAGGUCGAAAAGAACCAGUGAGACCAAACUUUGAAGAUGCUGGAACUGUAACUUCAGGAAGGAAACAUGAUUUUAUACGCUCUGAGAGCGAGAACUGGCGCAUCUUCAGGGAAGAGCAAAAUGGAGAAGAUGAUGAUGGAGGCUGGAGACUUACUGGCUCACGAAGGGAUGGUGAAAGGUGGCGUCCUCAUAGUCCAGACGGCCCUCGUUCUGCAGGCUGGAGAGAACAGAUGGAGCGACGGCGACGGUUUGAAUUUGAUUUCCGAGAUCGGGAUGAUGAGCGGGGUUACCGAAGAGUGCGAUGUGGCAGUAGCAGUAUGGAGGACGAUAGGGAUAGUCUUCCUGAAUGGUGCUUGGAAGAUGCUGAAGAAGAAAUGGGGACUUUUGACUCAUCUGGUGCAUUCCUGUCCUCAAAAAAGGUUCAAAAGGAGCCAAUUCCAGAGGAACAGGAAUUGGAUUUCCGGCCAGUAGAAGAAGGGGAAGAGCAGUCUGAUUCAGAAGGGAGUCACCAUGAAGAAGCCAAAGAACUAGAUAAGGUCCAUGUAAGGGAAGCAGUUAAGACUGAACGAACAACAGUAGAAGUAGCAGAAGAAACAGUCAAAGAAUCUUCACCAUCCACCAGGUCAGGAACUCCACCAAAAACCCAGUCACUGGAGCCAUUAACAGCAAGCCUGCUUGAACGGAGGGAAGACUGUGUUCCAGAUGUAAUAGAAAAAGCAGAAUAUAAAGAGAACCAAAUGGAAAAUAUCCCAUCAGCUAAAGUGCCCAAUAGAGAAGUAGAGCCAGCUUCUACUGUCCAGCCUUUACCACAGAUUCCUCCAGAUGCAGCUUCCCCUGUUCAUCUUUCUUCUUCAGAGUCUAAUCCAAAUUCUGCCUUAAGGCCUAUUCAGACAUCAGUUACAGCAGCUCCAGGCAUGGGGAAUAUUCCUGCUGACCCUGAUGAUGAAGAGGGCCUCAAGCAUUUAGAACAGGAUGUGGCUGUUGAACAUCUUGUCUCCAUAAACGUCUUAUUCCCCCCUCCAUGUAUGUUACUGAUUUUUUCAGGUCCGUUCAGUAAUCAGGAGAUGACAGAGUGGUUUCAAGCUGGGUAUUUUACAAUGUCACUGUUGGUGAAAAGAGCAUGUGAUGAGAGCUUCCAGCCACUUGGAGACAUCAUGAAAAUGUGGGGCAGGGUCCCUUUUGCUCCAUGUCCACCACAUCUGCAUAUGGGAGAGUUGGACCAGGAACGACUGACUAGGCAACAGGAAUUCACGGCCAUGUACCAAAUGCAGCACCUCCAGUACCAGCAAUUUUUGUUACAACAACAGUAUGCACAGGUAAUGGCACAACAGCAAAAAGCAGCCCUCUCAUCUCAGCAGCAGCAGCAACUGGCUCUUCUUUUGCAGCAGUUCCAGGCACUUAAAAUAAGAAAAGCUGAGCAGAACAUGGUGCCACCUGUAACAAGGUCUGUGUCAGUGCCAGACACUGGUUCUAUUUGGGAGCUUCAAUCAGCUGCUCCACAAGCUACUGUCUGGGAAGGAAGCAGUGUGUGGGAUCUCCCAAUUGAUACUGCAGCUCAGGGACCAGCUCUAGAACAGUUGCAGCAGCUUGAAAAGGCCAAAGCAGCAAAGCUAGAGCAGGAGCGAAGAGAAGCUGAACUUAGGGCCAAAAGAGAAGAGGAAGAACGGAAAAGACAGGAGGAGAUUCGGAGGCAACAGGAAGAGCUGAUCAGGAGGCAAGAGGAAGAAAGAAAAAGAAGAGAAGAGGAGGAGCUAGCACGCAGGAAGCAGGAGGAAGCUCUGAGACGGCAACGGGAACAAGAAAUUGCACUACGACGGCAGCGGGAAGAAGAAGAACGACAACAACAAGAAGAAGCACUUAGAAGAUUGGAGGAAAGGAGAAGAGAAGAAGAGGAAAGACGGCAGCGGGAAGAGGUGAAAAGAAGGGAAGAGGAGGCUGCCAAAUGGGCACGUGAGGAAGAGGCGAAGCGUCAGUUAGAAGAAAAUAGGUUGCGCAUGGAAGAGGAAGCAGCCCGACAGAGGCAUGAAGAGGAAGAACGAAAGCGAAAGGAGCUGGAACUCCAACGUCAGAAAGAAAUUAUGAGGCAGAGGCAGCAACAGCAGGAGGCUUUGCGCCGAUUGCAACAGCAGCAACAGCAGCAGCAACUUGCACAGAUGAAGCUUCCUUCUUCUUCAACAUGGGGUCAGCAAGCCAAUUCAAGAGCAUGUCAGUCCCAGACAACAUUAUCACUAGCAGAAAUCCAGAAGCUUGAAGAAGAGAGAGAGCGGCAGCUUCAAGAAGAGCAACGGCGUCAGCAGCACGAACUAAUGAAAGCCCUGCAGCAGCAGCAACAGCAGCAGCAACAAAAACUGUCUGGUUGGGGAAAUGUUGCCAAACCUGCUGCCAGUACAAAGUCUCUUUUGGAGAUACAGCAGGAAGAGGCAAGGCAGAUGCAAAAGCAGCAGCAGCAACACCAGCAGCAACAAAACAGGUCCCGCAGCACUACACAUUCUAAUCUGCACACCAGCAUUGGCAAUUCAGUCUGGGGCUCUGUAAACACGAAUCCUAGCAGCCAGUGGGCAUCAGACCUUGUCAGCAGUAUUUGGAGCAAUGCUGACACUAAAAAUUCAAACCUGGGAUUCUGGGAUGAUGCAGUCAAAGAAGUGGGACCUCGUAAUGCAACGAAUAAAAACAAGAGCAAUGCUAGCAUCAGUAAAUCUAUAGGUGUUACAAGCAGGCAGAAUAAGAAGGUGGAAGAAGAAGAAAAAUUGUUGAAGUUGUUCCAGGGGGUUAAUAAAUCCCAGGAUGGCUUCACUCAGUGGUGUGAACAGAUGCUUCAUGCACUCAACACAGCCAACAAUUUGGAUGUUCCCACUUUUGUUUCCUUCCUGAAGGAAGUGGAAUCUCCUUAUGAGGUCCAUGAUUACAUCAGAGCUUACCUUGGAGACACCCCUGAGGCUAAGGAAUUUGCCAAGCAGUUUCUUGAACGCCGUGCCAAACAAAAAGCCAACCAACAGCGGCAGCAGCAGGAUUCUGUCUGGGGGAUAAACCAUAGUUCAUUACAUUCAGUCUUUCAGACUAAUCAAAGCAACAACCAGCAAUCUAACUUUGAGGCAGUGCAGAGUGGCAAAAAGAAGAAGAAACAAAAAAUGGUUCGUGCAGAUCCCAGCUUGUUAGGUUUCUCAGUCAAUGCCUCAUCAGAGCGGCUGAAUAUGGGAGAAAUAGAGACUUUGGAUGACUACUGAGUAUAUGCAACACGACUGGCUUUUCCUGUGUCUGUUAACCAUGCAUUCUCCACUGCUGGACAGAGUACUUCCUAUCCCCUGCAGUCAUCCUUGCCUUGCAAACGGAUCAUAGAAUCAAUCAUCUCAGGCUGCCAUUUCUAGCCUCAACAAGUCCUUUCUGCCCAGGAUUGCACAACCACCUUCAUUUCUUUUGGCCUCUGGUUCUUUCUACUGGAUAGGUGGGAAAGAAGAUUUACUCAUGAGGCUGAGUGCAAAUUACUGUGUGAUGAUUUCUUCUCCCAAGCUAUUUGGAAAGCCAUUUGGAAGUUUACAUAUGGUAGCUUCCUUCCCUCCCCUCAUCACAGAUAACUGGUGCAAUCAUGGUGGAGAGCUCAUGGUUAACAGAUGUCAUUCAGAACCAAAAUGCCACGCAGAUACUGACUUCCAUGCUCCAUCAGGCAAAAGAUGCCUUCCAGUUUCAGGAGGUGCAUUCACUAGCUAACUGUAGAACUGGCAACAACAGGGAAUGGGGGUGGUAGGCAGCAUUCAGCUUGGAUUGGUUUGGCGUUGCACAUCCCUGCCAGCCCUUCUUCAGCACAUUAAAUUUGGAGAAGUUCAAGUCUAUCUUCAUUGGGUGGUGAUGUCAAAGGUGCUGGAGUUCAUGCUUCAGCACACUCCAGCCUUCCUGGACAAUUAGGGACUCAAGUUGUGGGAGGAGGCACUUAUUUCAGGCUGAAUUUCUCCUGUAAUUAUUUCCUCCAGAGUGAUUGGGCCAGUUAUUUUGGACCCUUCUGCAGUGAAUUUGUCUCGUUUCAGAGACGUAUAGGAUCUUUACCAUAUGUAUCUUCACCAGUUGAUUUGUGUGGGAGUUGACACUACCUUUGGAAUCUGAAACCUAACCAGAAAUCUAGUCAUCUGGUUACUUAUGAAGGUGGUUCAGAAUGUUGUAAGUUCUGCAGCAGCAUUAACGCAAAGGAACAGGAAGCUGUCGUCUUCAGAGUGAAAUAAAUGAGACAAGGAACCUGAGCACUGGCAACGUCUCUGUUUGUAAAAACCACAAGGAGGGAUAGAAUGAGGUGUGCUGGUCCUCGUUAUAUCAUACACUCUUCCGUUACUUCCUAGCCAUUGCGCUGACAUACUUAUGUAAUCCAACUUCUCCUGUCCCUGUUCCAGAAUGUUAAACAGUCUGAAGUGGCCAGUACACUUCAUUUCAACCCCCCACCCAUGCUCCCACUUGCACAGGGUCACAGUGUGCCCAUGGAAGAUAUGCUGCUGUGUGAAGAUCUUUUUCUGCCAUCAUCGCCUGAAGAAGACAACUGAAGUUGCUCCAGAGCAGUUUGGUUUAGAUUUUAUUUCAUUUGAUUUUCUUCUCUCUCCCCCCUCUCCCACAACAUGUACAGGAAGUAUUCAGAGGCAGUUGCAGAUUUGUGUAUAGUUUUUGAAUCCAUUAGCACAGAGAGGCUAGGUGCUGUCACAAAUCUGGUCUCCUGAUCUCCUUUGCUUUGUAAACUUAUAAAGGGGGGAAGGGGGUAAUUAAUGUUUACAGAACUUUAAAUUCCCUCUGAACUCGUGCUAGUAUGGGGGUAAACAAGAGAGAACUUAAAUAAAACCUGGUUGUAUUAUA